GAGAGUGUGCUGCGUUAUGAUUCAGGCCUAAUUAAGUGGCUGUGUCUGGGGAGGGCUGCAAACCGCCAGCUGCUCCGACUGCAAAUCCGGGCUGCCGCACCUGCUUAAGGCGCCCACUGACUGCGGUGGACGAGGCGAGGCCUUUGGUUGAUGGUUUUGCCUUCAGUAUGGCAAAGAUCAUUUUGAGGCACCUGAUAGAGACUCCAGUGCGCUACCAGGAGGAGUUUGAAGCUCGAGGUUUGGAAGACUGCAGACUGGAUCAUGCUUUAUAUGCACUGCCCGGGCCAACCAUCACUGACCUGAAUAAGCCCAGGGCCGAGGCGCAGCCUCCUGCAGAGGACUCGGCCGCAGAGUCGCUGCCCGGAGAAGGCAAAGCCCGCUUUCAGAUCCUGCUGGACGUGGUCCAGUUCCUCCCCGAGGACAUCAUCAUUCAGACUUUCGAAGGCUGGCUGCUGAUCAAGGCGCAGCACGGAACCAGAAUGGACGAGCACGGGUUUGUCUCAAGAAGCUUCACCCGACAGUACAGACUGCCAGAUGGCGUGGACACCAAAGACUUGUCUGCGAUCCUCUGUCACGAUGGGAUUUUGGUGGUAGAAGUGAAGGAUCCAGUUGAGACUCAGUGAAACCUUAUCGGUUCCUGUUCACAGGACACCAGUAUUAUAGUUCAGUUAAUGAUCUCACGGGAAUGAUUGUAUCACUGACGUUUGAAAGGAUUUACCAUGAUUUUUAUGAAGAUUAAAAAUAUGUAUACAG